AUGGCUGCUGCUGAGGUCCCUGUCCCUUCUGAGCAUUUCACCCAAAUCAAAGAGCAGAAGUUGAAGCCUGGAGACCUGGAAGAGGAAAAGGAGGAGGGUGGGGUACAAAGAAUGGAAGCCCAGGAGGGUGCUGUCGAGGCGGAGGCCGUGCCCUGUCAGCUUCUGGAUGCAGCAGCCGGGCUCCAGAAAGACCAGCCUGAGCUGCCUUUGUGGGUCCCGGCGGUGGAGAGCGAUAGGCGGGUCCUGACCCUGCAGACGGUGCACCUGACCUCCCAGGAUGUGCAGCUGCAGGGGCUGGGGUGGCUGAGCGUGCCCCACUCGGAGUUCCCGGUGACGAUACCACAAGAGGAGAGCUUCCUGCCAUUGCCAUCCGUGCUGUGGCUGGAACAAGAGUCCCAGCCCAGCCUCCAGCACUGCAUGACCGUCAGUAUCCCGGAGGAGCUGUACCAGCCUGAGGACGUCGGGCUGACACAUUUUCAACUGCUGCAGCAGAGUGUGCCGGCGGCCGAGGAGGACCCAGAGUUAACGCCAAACUCGGGCGGAAGCGCAGCCCAGACGAAGUUUGAAGACGAGGAGCAGGACCAGCUGUUACCCGAGGCGGGAGAACCAGAUACGAAAGAAGAAGAGAAGUUCCUUUUUGUGGAAAUGACACCAAACGAUGAAAAGAGAGAUGAGAUCGUUCUGACCAUUUCCCAUCUGAGCCUGGAAGAGCAGCAAGAUCAAUCAGCGCCAAAGCAGACCAGUGCGCCGAACGCUGAGACCACCAAACCUCCAGAGAGGGGCAAAGGAAAAACCCGAACCUUCCAGUGUGAAUUCUGUCCAUUCACUUCUUCCAAAUUCUCGACUUUCACCCGUCACGUGAAAAUUCAUAACGACGAGAGACCUCACCUGUGCCACCUGUGCCUGAAGGGUUUCCGCACAGUCACCCUCCUUCGGAACCACGUCAAUACUCACACAGGAACCAGGCCCUACAAGUGCGGGGACUGUGGCAUGGCAUUUGUCACCAGCGGGGAACUGGUCCGGCACAGGCGUUACAAACACACUCAUGAGAAGCCCUUCAAGUGCUCCAUCUGCAAGUAUGCCAGUGUCGAGGCAAGCAAGCUGAAGCGCCACAUCCGCUCACACACGGGUGAGCGUCCCUUCCAGUGCUGCCAGUGCACUUAUGCCAGCAAGGACACCUACAAGCUGAAGCGCCACAUGCGGACCCACUCAGGUGAGAAGCCUUAUGAGUGCCCCACCUGCCAUGCCCGGUUCACCCAGAGUGGCACCAUGAAAAUCCACGUGGCACAGAAGCAUGGCGAGAAUGUGCCCAAACACGAGUGUCCCCACUGUGCUACCGUCAUUGCAAGGAAGAGCGACCUGCGUGUCCAUCUGCGCAACCUGCACAGCCACAGCCCCGUGGAGAUCAAGUGCCGAUACUGUCCCGCCGGCUUCCAUGAGCGCUACGCCCUCAUCCAGCACCAGAGGUCCCAUAAGAAUGAGAAGAAGUUCAAGUGCAAACAGUGUGAUUACGCAUGCAAGCAGGAGCGGUGCUUGAAGGCGCACGUGCGCACGCACACAGGAGAGAAGCCGUUCUCCUGCCUCGACUGCAGCAAACACUUCCGGCAGAAGCAGCUGCUUACCGUGCACCUGAGGAAGUACCACGAUCCGAGCUUUGUCCCUGACGUGCACCUAUGCCUCAAGUGUGACAAAGGCUUUUCCCGCUGGAGUAACCUGCAGAGACACCGGAAGAAGUGUGACCCAGAGCAUGAGAAGCUGGCCACCUCCAGAAAAGCAAGUCAGGUGAUGCAGAAGCAGACCGUGGAGGAAACACCAGGAUGGGACAACGAUGUCGCUACCCAGGAGAGCCAUACCUCGAAGGAGGCACAGUGCCCUGGGGAGCUGGCUCUGUGCCACCAUGGUGGCGGUGGUGGUGGUGGUGGCGAAAGUGCGGCUGGAAGCGAGAACAUGGAUGAAGGCCUGACCUGCGAGAUGCUCUUUAACAUGAUGGAUAAGUGACAGGCUGCUCUGAGCUGCAGCCUCUAGGGAAGAAACCAGUUAGAAACAAGAUCACCAUAGUGAUAGCCGUGUCCCCAGAGUUUGAUGUAGUAUGUAGAAAUGUUUGAAGAAAAACAAAAACAAAAACAAAAAAACACUACAACUUUUUCCUGCAGACUAGACUCAGAGCUUGGAGUGGAGGGUGCACCUCAGCCCCGUGGGCUCACUCUCUAAGCACUGGCAGGGUGGCCACCAUGAGCCAAGGACAGGUUUUAGGAAGUACUUACUUUCACAGGAGUUCAGCCCAGUUGGCGCCUCGGCGGUUAAGACAGGGAAUCUUUUGAGUUGUGGUGUCCACCCUUAAUAUUUCUGAUACUAUGAUUUUCAGACACUGUGGAUGAAUUGUGUACCUUUUUUUUUUACACCAAUGAAUUUUCUUUCUAUGUUUAAAGCUACCAAGAUGCUUUUAAUGAAUUCUGAAUUCAAUCCAAAGACCUUAAUGCUAUAAAAAGAUGGAAUAGCAGAAAGCAAUAAGCAGCCCAUUUGAAGAGAAAAAUAUAAUAUAUAUAUAAUAGAUCUUACUUUAGCACAGAGCAAGCCUCCCCUUUAGAUUUUUGGCCCCCUGCUUUUGUAGGCCUGUGGGUCGAACCCAGGGCCUGGUACAAGCUAGGCUAGUACUCCCCCAGCAAGGCACCUCCCAGCCCCCACCCCACUUUUUUCUUUUAUAUUAAGUUGCCCUGGCUAUACUAGAACUCAUUCAGUAGCCCAGCAAUACUUCAAACUGUCUGUCCUCCUGCCUCAGUCUUCCAAGUGGCCGGAAUGACUGGCCUUUGCCACCAUGCCUGGCUUGUAUUCUCCUUUAGUUGCAUUCUUUGCCAGCUAUGAAAUUGCCCUGGCAUUGUUAAUAGCAUCAUUUUAAUUCUUAGCCAGGUGUGACGAAGCACACCUGUCUUCCAGGCACUCAGAAGGUAGAGGCCAGAGUGUGGGGAGUUCAAAGUCAUUCUCAGCUACAUCUCAAACUGCAGGCCAGCCUGGCCUACAUGA